AUGGCACCUAGCAUUAUUUCGGACAUUGAACUGCCCAGAGACAUUCCCGAGUCUCGUCAAUCAGCUGCCAAUCUACCUAUUCAGAAAGCUUUCGGCUUGGACAACAGAACCGUCAUCAUUACUGGUGCCGGCCGUGGACUCGGCAUCACACUUGCUGUCGCUGUUCUCGAGUCUGGUGCCGAUGCCGUCUGUCUGGACAUUCUCCCUGAGCCCAGCGCUGAAGAGUGGGACACCAUCACCAAGCUUCAGAAGAGCACCGGAGUCCGCGCUACCUACCAUCGUUGCGACAUUACAAACGAGGAGGCUGUCGAGAAAGUCGUCGCUGAUUGCGGUGAGGAGGCUCGCCGGCGAGGAAAGCCCAUCAAGGGCAUGAUCUCGUGCGCAGGCAUUCAACAGAUGGUUGACGCCAUUGACUAUCCUAUGGAUGGCUUCCGCCGCAUCAUGGAAGUCAAUGUCACAGGAAGCUUCCUCAUCUCAAAGUACACAGCUCGUCUACUGCGCGACCAGAAGCUUGGUGGUAGCAUUGUCAUGAUCGCCUCCAUGUCUGGCCAGAUUGCAAACCGCGGUCUGCAUUGCUCAGCAUACAACACCAGCAAAGCCGCCGUGCACCAAAUGUGCCGCUCUCUUGCCUACGAGUGGGGUCAAUGGGGCAUCAGAGUCAACACCCUGUCCCCUGGCUACAUCCGUACUGCCAUGACGGAUGGUUUGCUGCAAGAGAAGCCUGAAGUCGAGGAAUCAUGGAUGAGGGGAGCACUCCUGGGAAGGUUGGGGGCGCCCGAAGACUUCAAGGCACCCUGCGUCUUCCUUCUAGCGGAUGGAAGCUCGUGGAUGACAGGUGCGGAUCUGAGAGUUGAUGGCGGACACUGUGCGACUGCUUGA